AUGUCAAAUGGAGAGGAACCUUCAGAAGACGUUGUCCCAAACACGACGAUGAUGUUUACAUACAUUUCUGAGGAACAAACCAUUAUAGAAGAAGAAGAAGAACCACAACCACAUCAAGAACAUCAACAAGAAGAAGAAGAAGAAAAAGAAAAAGAAAAGGAAAUUCAACGAGAAGAAGAAGAGGAGGAUCAUAAUGAGAAUGGGUUUGAUGGUGUAGUGCCUGCUAGUCUUGCGGAGGUGUCGGGGCGGGAGGAAACACACACCGCACAUCUCGUCGAGGGCGAUUUCUUCCCAGAGGACUCCCCAAGUCGUUUGGAGCUGCGAAGCCACGAUAAACUGCAUGAUAUCAACGCUGAAGAAAAAGAAAGAGAAGAAAAAGAACAGCAGCAGGAAUGGGAAAAUGAGAAAAAAGAAGAAAAAAAUAUUAUGGAUGUGGGGAAAAAGACACCCCAACACCGCAGCAACAGUAUAAAAGAAAAAGAUGGAGGAGAAGUUAGUGAUGUUUAUCCUUCAUGGUAUACAUUAUCACGUAGUUCGGUAAAGCGUGUGCGUUGGGCCGAUGAAGUGGCCGUUGCAGCACCAUUAGUUCAACACGCCACAACUUUUUUUCUACCGCUUGUAGAUCAGACUUCAUCUCAACAACAACAACAACAAUUACAAAUGCCAUAUGGUGAGAGUGAUAAAAUGAUGCAGAUUUUAUCCCCACCACCUGUUCUCCGUGAAGAGAAAAACACUGAUGGAACGACGUAUCUUUCAUGUAAAGCUCAACGGCCAGCGCAACGAUUUGUAAUGUGGAAACGCACGGCAGCAGCAAGUGGUCAUAACGCAGAGGAUCCACCAUUUAAACUGCAACCACUAGGCAAUCGUCCACCCACUCAUACUAUCACACUGUUAGCAGCUCUUCACCCACCAUAUCGCGCAGAAAACAUAGGAACGACUGUGCAGAUGCGUGUUGCCACUAUUUCACAGGAUGCGAAGAAAGGUGAGGCUUUAUGUGAUGGUGGGUUACAGAUGCCAAUGGUGCGGUCUUCACAACUCCUUAAUGUUCCUCUUUCUAUACCGUUCUAA